GUCCAUUCAUCCACACUAGAACAAUCUAACAUAUUCUCAAUGGCCAAAUAUUGGGCUACUUUCAUUGUGUUGUUUUUAAGUGUGAUGUUGCUCGCCCCCAAGGCGCAUGCCGUAACCUGUGACUCGGUGGCGAGCAGCUUGCAGGCAUGUAGUUCUGCCUUGCAGAAGGGUGGAACCGUGUCAUCGGGUUGCUGCAGUGGGAUUAAGUCUUUAAGCAAAUCAGCCAACACCCCGGCGGCACGAAAGACUGUUUGCCAGUGCGUAAGGGGUUUGGCUAAAUCUUACAAAAUAAAUUCUCAUACUAUUUCCUCCAUCACUACCAAGUGUAAGGUCAAAGUUCCCAGCCUCAGCUCCAACAUUGAUUGUAACAAGGUCUACUAAUAUAUAAUUGAACGGACGUGGUAGCAGCCUGCAUUUGCUUUUUCACUUGUAUCAUAAAUUGCAGGAUCACGUUUUAAAUAAACAUUUUAUGGAUCUAUGUAGUUAUGAUUUAUUUACUAUUAUUAGCGUGGUGAUACGGCAAUAUUAGUUAUUGCUAGCAUAAGGCGAUAUGUACAAUAAACUUUAAUGGUUUUAUUUAGUUUUCUGUCGUUACGUUGUUUGGUGUUAUUAUAAGUAUCAAAGUUUCUGUAAUACUAGAUGGUUGCUUUAAUUUAAAAAAACUUUUUUUCUUUGUGCUA